AUGGCGUGUCCCCACCUUGAGUCCAUAGGACUCACUGCGCCUGCGCCAACUCAGUCUGUCUACCGCGAAGAUUGUACGCAGUGCUUUGAUUCUAUCUGCUUCAACGGCGGCUGCGCCGGGGAUCGCCUCCACAAUAAGCUUCACAGCAUCCAACGAACACACCCCCUCGCCUUGAAUAUCAGGAGAACCCCCAAGACAGUCGAGCGCGAUGAGCCGCCGGCGAAGAUGUCCAAACUGGCCAUCGCUGCCGAAAAAGAGGAGGACAAGUACGAUACUGUGUUGACGCCGCGGUGCCUGGAAUGCAGUGUCGAUCUCGACGUUUCAGACGCCAGGGUGACAAACGUGGUGGAUAAGAUUAUGCGAGCGAACACGUUCGCGCGGAAAGAGGAAGUUAAGGCAUGGGAGCAAGAGUUGACGACAUGCGAGCACAUUCUACUGAUGCAACAAUCCGAGUCGCGCAAGAUCGAACAGGGUGCCUUGAGUCACUGCUAUGCUUGCGAUCUGAAGGAGAACUUAUGGCUGUGCCUGGACUGCGGGAAUCUGGGCUGUGGGCGCAAGCAGAUGGGUGGCUUGGACGGUAACUCCCACGCCUUGAAACACAGCGACGAUGCAGGGCAUGGCGUAGCCGUCAAGCUUGGAUCCAUCACGCCCGAAGGUACUGCCGACAUCUAUUGCUACAAGUGUGACGAUGAGCGAGUCGACGACAAGCUCGGAGAGCACCUGGCGCACUGGGGCAUUGUGCUGGCCGAACGCCAGAAGACCGAGCAGAGCUUGACGGAGAUGAACAUUGAACAGAACCUGAAAUGGGACUUCAGCAUGACGACGGAGGACGGCAAAGAGCUGAAGCCCCUCUACGGCCCGGGGCUGACAGGACUGAAGAAUCUCGGCAACAGUUGUUACCUUGCCAGCAUUGUGCAGUGCCUCUUCGAUCUGCCGUCCUUCCAGCAGCGAUACUACCGACCGAAUGACGAUCUGCCCAUGGUGCUGGAUCCCGCCACAGAUCUUGAGACACAGCUGAGGAAGAUGGCGGAUGGCCUAUUGUCCGGUCGCUAUGCGAAGCCGGAUCCCACAGUUCACGCCGAGUCCAAUGUGACGCAUCAACGAGGACUGGCCCCGGCAAUGCUGAAGCACCUUAUUGGACGUGGACAUGAAGAGUUCUCGACAAUGCGCCAGCAGGACGCACUUGAGUUUCUGCAGCACAUGUUCAAAAUUGUUUCGCGAUCAGAGCACAUGGGCGAGAAACAAGACCCUACCCGUCAGUUCCGUUUCGAGCUGGAACAGCGGCUGCAGUGUCUAGGCUGCAAUAAGGUCAGAUACAGCUCUGAUGAGCAAGACAGUAUCUUCUUGAACGUACCGCUCCGCAAGAUGCCCGCUGAAGAAGGCGCGGAGGGCCCAGACAAGUACGAAUCCAUCACACUGGAGGAGUGCUUGGAUCUCUUUACUGCCGACGAGAGCGUGGAGCUUACCUGCUCCUCUUGCAGCAGCCAGGAUGGCUUUAGCAAGCGAUCACUCUUCAAGACCUUCCCCGAGGUGCUGGCGGUGAACGCACGCAAGAUGACUGUGGUGAACUGGGUCCCCAUCAAGGUGGACGUCCCUGUCAUUGUCCCGGAUGAGCCCUUCUCUUUGGACAGAUACUUGUCCAAAGGACAGCAAGAGACGGAGGAGCUGCUGCCAGAGGAGGUGCAAGCCGAGACGCCUGCCUUUGCGCCAGAGCCAACGGCGCUCGCAACGCUGGAGGCGAUGGGUUUCCCCUACAAUCGAUGUGCGAGGGCACUCCAUGCGACGGGCAAUUCAGAUGCUAACAUCGCUGCCGAGUGGCUGUUCUCGCACAUGGAGGAUCCCGACGUUGACGACCCACUCGUCCUAGAGAACGUUGCUCCAGGGGGUAGCGAGGCUGACCCUGAGAAGAUUGAGUCGCUUGGCGCCAUGGGUUUCGCCGCACCUGUAGCGAAGAAGGCGCUCAGAGAGACGGGUGGAGACAUGGAACGGGCAGUGGACUGGCUGUUCAGCCACCCGGAUGACCAGGGGCUGAUGGACGAAGAUGAGCCCCCCAAGACGGCAAAGGAGCCCGCCGGACGUGCCGAUUUGCCAGCAAACUUUCGGUUGCAAUCCAUCGUCUGCCACAAGGGCACCAGCAUCCACGCAGGUCAUUACGUUGCCUUCAUCCGCAAGUCCCUGCAGAACGACAGUACGAGCAAGUUCAGCUGGGUUCUCUUCAACGAUGAAAAGGUCGUGGAAGCGCACGAUGCGGACGAAAUGCGCAAAUUUGCCUAUGUGUACUUUUUCAAACGGGUCUAA